GAUAACGGAACGCUCCAACUCCCAUUCUUCCUUCAACCUCCGAUCUCCAGAAGUUUUGGGAUGCCGACAAUGAGAGCAUUGUUGAUAAGCCUGUUGAUCGUUCAGACGGCGGCCAAGCCUUCGGAAUCAAGGCACCGGUUGCUUCCGAGCAUCUACGUCCUGGGAUGGAAAGAGGGUGAUGGAGAUCAGGCCUCCACCGAAGUGGUACCCACCAACUUACUGACGGAGCUGUUGAAGAGAUCGUAUGGUACCUGGUACGCAGCCGGCCCUUCUGACGGAUCUGUGCCGUUUAAAGAAAGACAGACGAGAAAAUUUCCAGAGGUGGACUCGCGGGGGUUUCACGAGGAUAUAUUCGACGAGGGUUUCGGCAAUUGGUCGCCGAUGAAACGUUUCUGAAAGUUUGUUUCUCCGUUUAAUCUUUCAAAAUGCCAAAGCUGUUACUCCCAAAGGCCUCCUCGAGACAACCGUGCCAAUUUUUAGUCUUCCCGAGGAUCCUCCUAACAAUAUAAAAACUGGAAUUCUUUUGUCGGGCAUUAACCGAGUCUCGCCAUCUUUGACUUUAAAUCUUUGUUUCUUUGGACCGAUGUAAACUAUAUGAAAGAGGCAAGUGUGAGAGAGUUUAUUUUCGAUUCUACCAAGCAUAUAAAACGAUAUUUUACAGCUUUAUUUACUUAUUUUUCUUCUCAUCUUUCACGCGUCAAAAUUUCCGCUUCUUAACGUUAAAUACUCUGCUAUUGCCAAUCGUUACAUCGAAAAUCUGCCAUUGGCGUAAACUAACGCGUGGCAUUUCCCCUUUUCAGACAUUACUUGGCGCAUCGACAAAUCCACGUACUCGAUACAAAAAUACUAUGAAGUGUGGGGAUUUAAAUAAUUAUUUUCUUUAG